ACUCUCGCUGCAGAGAAAGAUAAGAAGAAGGUCGAAAAUGAGACUCUCAGAGAUUCUCCGAACUAUGCUCGCCGGAGUAGAGAAAAAGACAAGCUUUCUGAUUCGGCGGAGGAAGAAGAAAGCAGAGAGAAGAGUUUGGGGUCUGUGAAGGAAGAAGAAGGAAUUUGGGGGUGA